AUGAGAGUUCUAGCAGCAAUAUUAUACAUAGUUCUUCUCACAAUUUGCGGCCUUGGAAUCCAAGGCAGCGGUGCACCGGACUAUCCCUCCGUCUCCUUCAAUUUGGCGCGUGCCACCUGGGCCACUUACAGAGACUUCAUAGGGGAACUGCGAGAAAGAGUGACACGGGGAACCAAACCAAUAAAUGGUGUACCAGUGCUGAGAGCCGCAAAUUCAGUGCCGGUUGAGGAGCGGUUCGUUCUGGUCCGUCUCAUCAAUCGCGACGGCAACAUCAUCACAUUGGCAAUAGACGUGGUGAACCUUUAUGUGGUGGCUUUUAGCGCAAAUACCAGAUCCCACUUUUUCAGCGACUCUACGGAACUUCAAAGGAACAAUUUAUUUGUCGACACUACUCGGCCCCCGUUAGGCUUCACCGGCAACUAUAAUCACCUUGUAGAAGCGGCAGGACCAGAAGUUCGCAGGGAGUCUAUCGAUCUAGGACUCGAUCCCCUAGCUCAUGCUACCACAGGCUUGUGGUACGCCAACGGUGGGAGUAGAACCGUAGCCAAAUCGCUCCUUGUGGUCAUUCAUAUGGUCUCGGAAGCGGCAAGGUUCGGACGCAUUGAGGAACGAGUCCGCAGAAGCAUAACCAAUCAAAACAAUUUUACAACAGGCACUUUGAUACGGAGCAUGGAGAACAACUGGUCACAUAUAUCCUUGGAGGUCCAGCAGGCGAUAGAUGGAGAAAUCUUCACUGGGACCGUUGUGCUUGAAGAUGAGAAUAACAUUAUCAUCACAAUAGACAACUUUAAUACACUCAGUCGCUAUACCAUGGUAAAGAUUCUUCUCCACCGAUGCAUCCCGACAACUAGUAGCAGUUCUUCUCGCACCAAAAGAAAGGCCGAUGUUCUUGUGGACGAGGACUACAAUAACAACGAAAUGUGUAAGGUAUUAGAGGCCACAAGACGCAUCAGUGGUCGGGAUGGAUUGUGUGUCGACGUGAGGGAUGAGCGCGACAACGAUGGAAAUCCCAUCCAACUGUGGCCAUGUGGACAACAGAGAAACCAACAAUGGACGUUCCACACAGACGGAACUAUCCGGUCGAUGGGUAAAUGCAUGACUACCUACGGGUAUAGCCAUGGACACUAUGUCAUGAUAUUCGACUGUUCUACGGCUGUUCCGGACGCCACUAAGUGGGUAGUAUCUAUUGACGGCAGCAUCACCAAUCCUCGCUCUGGACUAGUCCUGACUGCUCCCGACGCUACAAAGGGUACCACCCUAUUGGUAGAGAACAAUAUCCAUGACGCUAGGCAGGGUUGGAGUGUGGGAGAACAUGUAGAGCCCACCGUUACUUUCAUUGUGGGGUAUAAGGAAAUGUGCUUGCAGGCCAACAAUGAACACAAUCAUGUAUGGUUGGAGGAUUGUGUGUUCAAUAGGCUGCAGCAACGUUGGGCACUCUAUAGUGACGGCACCAUUCGAGUAGAUAGUGAUCAUAGCCUAUGUGUGACCUCCGAUGGCCACAGCUCCAGUGAUGUCAUCAUCAUCCUUAAAUGCCAAGGGUGGGGCAACCAGCGCUGGGUAUUCAACACCGACGGCACCAUCUUAAACCCAAAUGCCAAACUUGUUAUGGAUGUGAGACGAAGCAAUGUCUCUCUUCGACAAAUCAUUCUCUAUCAGCCCACUGGGAAUCCUAACCAGCAAUGGCUGACACAAACCCACCAAGAACUUAUCGUGCCAA